AUGUGUGACGUCAUUAUACGUGCUUUUCACGUGGCACUAGCUUCCAAGUCUAGAAGCCACCCCGCCUCUCCUCCCAACCUCGUUCUUGCUGUCGCAACUACCACCCAUCUAGCCAUUGCCCCUCCCACCCACCUCGCCAUAGCCGCUCCCUCUCACCUCACCCCGCGCUCUUCCUCCUACCCCGCCGGCGCCUCCCUCUCAGCCUGCCGUCGCCUUCGCCCUCCCAUCUCGUCAUCGCAUCCUCCUCUCCUCCCGCCGCGCCUCCCUCUCUCAUUCCGCCGUCGCGGCGGCCCCUUGUCAUCCCGUCGUCACCUCCCCUUCUCAUUCCGUCGUCGCCUCCCCUUCUCGCCCCGCCGUCGCCUCCCCCUCUCAUUCCGCCGCUCCCCCUCUCAUUCCGCCGUCGCCUCUCUCUCUCAUCCCGCCGUCGCCUCCCCCUCUCAUUCCGCCAUCGCCUCCCAAUCUCAUUCCGCCGUCGCCUCCCCCUCUCAUCCCACCGCCGUCUCCUCCCCCUCUCAUUCCGCCGCGCCCUCCCCUCUCAUUUCGCCGUCGCCCCCCCUUCUCAUUCCGCCGUCGCCUUCCUCUCUCAUUCCGCCGCUGUCGCCUCCCCCUCUCAUUCCGCCGCCACCCUCCCCUCUCAAUCUGCCGUGGCGUCCCUCUCUCAUUCCGCCGUCCCCUUCCCGCCGUCGCCUUCCCAUCCCGCCGUCGUCGCUGAAGACAGUAGCGCGAGUGCGAGCUGGUGGGCGAGCGCAGGUUGAUCUCUGA